AUGACGGUGAAUUGGCCAGUCCAAGCGCACGAGCCGGUGGAGGCCGAUCACGUGGGCGGUGACCUCUGCUCCGGCACGGGAAUCGUCCGGCGGCUAAUCCUUCCGGGGUUUAGCGUGCCGAUGUCCGAGGCAAAUUUUAUUAUCGUCCUCGGAAUGUGUGCAGAGACGAUCUGCUCGAUCCUUACGUGCGUCGUGCUAAUUGUCUCUGGUCCGUUCCAGGCUCCCAUUCGAUCCGUCAAGAAGCAAGCGACCGCAAGGAAACCACCCACGGCCGGCACCGCAACCCAGUCCGGCAUCUUCAACGAUGACUUCCGAACGACGAAAAAGGACAAACGUCAGAUCAAGCAUAACAGCUUCAUGUCGAAGAUUGAGAAAAACUUUCAAAAAUCAGCCAAGCGCCGCAGGUCGUCCAACAAACUGGCCGCCAAUCUUGACGCGUUGGCCGAUGCCCUGCCCGAAGCCGAAGAAUUCAAUGACUCGGAGAACCAGGUGAAGGUGAUCAAGCAAACGACUCUGAGGCAUAAACCGGGAGCCAUGAAACGGCGAGAGAAGUUGGAAAAGACGGAAAGAGACCGUUUCGCGAAGAAUAUGGCGCAGAUGUCUGGCAUCGAGGCGGCUGCAGCAACCAAUGCGACAUCGGAAGGGGAUUCGGGCGCCGUCUCCAAUAGAUGGGCUGCUCUCAGGAGCUUCAUUUCCCAGACGAUGGAGCAGCAGCCCGCAUUCAAGGCGACCAAGUAG